CGGCAGAGGAUUUAUCAGCAUCAGCCUUGUUCCGAGAGACGGCCGUUUGAUAUCCAAAGUCGUCAUUGCUUGUCUACUUGAAUAUAAAAUUCUUUUCUUUAUCAGAAAACUUCACCAAUCCAUAAUGUCUUUCUUUGCAAAUCAAGGAGGUCAAGUCGACAGCUCGCUUGUGGGCUGUUACCCCGCAUCUCCUAUCAAGUUUAUGAUAUACGGACGAGGAACCGCGAAGAAACUGGAUGAAGUUAUUUCCAAAAUCAGAGCUUCCAAGGCUUUCAUUGUUACAGGCCAAUCUUUAAGUACAAGAACACCAGUGAUCAAAGAUGCCGAAGCGAGUUUGGGGCAGGCUCAUGUGGGAACGUUUAACAAGAUCGGACAACACGCACCUAUUGGCGCAAUCCGCGAAGCAACAGAUCUCGUCAAGAGCUCAGGAGCCGAUGUCCUGAUAUCCAUUGGUGGAGGCUCGCCAAUUGAUAGUGCGAAAGCAAUUGCGUAUCAGAUUCAUGAGGAUACGGGGAAAUGGAUACCGAGUAUUGCUGUUCCGACUACGUUGAGUGUGGCGGAAACGACGCAGAAUGCAGGGUUUACUACAGAGGAGAAGAAGAAGAUUGCUGUGAGCAAUCCAGAGUUGGUGCCAAAAGUUGUGGUGUAUGAUGGAGAUAUCGCCUUGUAUACACCCACCAAUCUUUGGACAAGCACAGGAAUCCGCGCCCUCGACCACGCAGUCGAACUCCUCUACCACCCCCUCGCCUCCGAAAUCCCCACCAAACGCCUCGCCCUCGAAGCAAUCCGCGACCUCUUCACCUACCUCCCACAAUCCAAAACCGACCCCUCCAACGCCGACAUCCGGCAGAAGCUCUUCCUAGCCUGCUAUGCCUCGCUCUUCCCAUUCCUAUAUGUAGGCGGUGUAGGGCUGAGCCAUAGCAUCGGCCACGCGCUUGGUGCGACGUACAACAUUCCGCAUGGGAUCACGAGUUGUUUGACGCUGGCGCCGGUGGUGGCAUUGAAGGCGAGGACGAAGCCCGAGGAGGCGAGGAUGAUUGCUAGGGUGGUGCCGUAUAUUGGGGAGGAGAGUAGGGGGAGUGAUGAGGAGGAUGCGUUGGUUGUUGGGAGGGCUAUUGAGGGGUUGGUGGAGGGUUUGGGGCAUAAGACGAGCUUGACUGAGUACAAAGUGCCUCCUGGAGAGGAAGAGCCGAUUGCAUUGCAUGCUUUGGUGGGUGGUAAAGAACAUCCGGAUUAUCAGAACUUGAUCAACAUUGUUCACAAUCUAUACUGAGAAACUUGGUUAAGUCUUGUCGAUGAUCGUCCACGUGCCUGUAAAAUUAUAGUGAAAUAGAAUACAUGAAGUUGUUUCGAAAGUUCUUUUCAUAUCGUGCCUUUGG